GGUUUGGUGUAACUGAAAUUGUGUGACCGGGUGUGGUGGCUGGACUUGUAGCUCCGUACACCGCACCAGCAACAACCAGACCCAGUUGUGUUUUUCUGUGAGGACAGCAGACUCUCCUUUCUGUAUCCACCAUGGGCAUAUGGCAAAGUUGAGAGCUUCCUAUUUACCUCUUCUUAUCCCACUCACACUUGCUCCGGAUCUGUGGCCUUGAGGUGCUCGUCUUUUCGAACCUUACAUACCUAACCAUUGUCCGUUCUUUGGGUCGGGAAACCCAAUUGUCCGCCAUGACCUCCAGUGGAAGUCUCAACCCGGAGUCGGACAGUUUUGAAAACCGGCCCGUGUUCUAUAUCGGCCAACAUGAUUCUGCCCGGACCGAGGUGCUCACGGAUGAGCAGUACGCUCAGCUUCUCGACAGUGGAUUUCGCUUCGUCACUGCGCCCAUCACCAACAAGCAUUUCUUCGACCGGGUCGUUGAGCUGCUCAGAAGCCAUCAUAAGGAGCGGGAGCAGUGGAGCCAGCAACGGGGGCUCACGGCCACUCAGCUGGUCAACCCCUCUCUGCCAGGUCCUGUCGUGCCAACAUUGACCGACAAGGACACGUCGUUGUUCCCGAGCAACUACAUCGGCUCACUCGCUGUGUACUUCAGCCCCUGGAUCGACUUAUGCUCCCCUGACCCGCAUAUCUCGAGUGUCUCGCGCCAGGUCUUGAAUCUCGAGGCGGCAUAUGCCAACUUCUGCGGCGCAAGAACCAUCAUUGUCCCUGGUCCCCGCCAAGAUGACAGCAGCCGCGGCAUUGCCCAGUAUGCCCGUGCAAUUCGGGAGGCGAUGCAUGUAGCAAACCGCGCCAACAUUAUCAUCCACAUGCCCAUGUAUCGGGAGCCUGGCUUGGAGGAGAAAGUUGAAACGCUCUCCUCCAUCUUCAUCCCCAACAACGGGCCUGAGGCGGAGGCAAGGAAGGAAAUCGACCUGUUCAGCGCCUGGGAUUCCUGGAACACCAUCAGGUCCGUCUGCAACUACUCCAUGAGGUUGUUUAUUGCCCUUCGAAUCCCUCGCCGAGUUCCUGAAAAGGCUCUCCAGGAGCGGUGGUUUGCUGAGCCGCUACAUUACCUGACAAUCAGUAACGAGACUUUCCAGCUUAACCGUGCUGGGCAUCCGUCGCUCAGCCGGCACCAUCAGGAUCUGAUCAACCGCUACAUGCGGCUGAGAAGCGUUCCUUGGCUGAUCCUCGCAGAUGUAGGUCCUCGUCCGGAGGAGCUGGUUGCUCUUGCGGACCAAACUGUGGGCGAGUUCCCGACCCUGGCCGAGGCAGACCACGCUCUCAAGGAGAGGCGGCGGCUACACAAGCCUGCUUUGCACGCCCACGUCGGGUACAUGAGGUACCUUGAGCGUCAGCAACCACCAUUCUCGGCAAUGGAGACACCGACUCUCACAAGCUUCCAGGACUGGCUGCAGCCGCCUCUGCAGCCACUGGCCGAUAACCUAGAGUCGGCAACGUAUGAGGUGUUUGAGGGUGACCCGGUGAAAUAUGACCAGUACGAGAAGGCCAUCACGGAGGCGAUGGUCGAGUGGAGGGAGCUCAAGAAGCCGACAUCAACGGCAACUCCUGCGAACCCGUCUAGCCCUGAGCUGGUAGUCACGGUCGCUGGCGCCGGCCGCGGACCCCUGGUCUCGCGUGUUCUGCGUGCUGCCGAGAUUACUGGCACGCCAAUCCAGAUUUGGGCGCUUGAGAAGAACCAGGACGCCUACGUCUACCUGCUGCGGAAAAACAAAGCGGAAUGGGGCAACGAGGUGACUCUCGUCAAGACAGACAUGCGCGGUUGGGAGGGACCGCGUCUCAAGGGACAGGAAGAUGUCAUCGGCAAGGUGGACAUUUUGGUGACGGAGCUGCUUGGCUCGUUUGGCGAUAACGAGCUGUCGCCCGAGUGCCUCGACGGCAUCCAGCACCAUCUCGCACGCCCGCACGGCAUAUCCAUCCCGCACUCGUACACGGCCCACCUCAGCCCCAUCUCUACGCCCCGCCUCUUCGCCGACAUCAGUUCGCGGGUCGUGGGCGACCCCAACGCGUUCGAAACUCCUUGGGUUGUCCGCCUCUUCGCGCUCGACUACGUUGCCCAGAAGGUCCCCGGCCACGGCCGGUUCCAGCAGGCCUGGGAGUUUGUCCACCCGGUCGAGGUCUCUCACGCCGAUGACUUUGCGGAGGUGCACGGCAAGGCGGCCAAGUACGUCACGGGCGGCGUGGGCAGCAUGGCUGGGGCGUCCGGCACCAACGAGCACAAUGCGCGGCACUGCCAUCUGACGUUCGUGUGUCCCACGCGCGGCGUCAUCCACGGCCUUGCAGGCUUCUUCGAGUCGGUGCUGUAUGCUUCGCAGACUGGGACCGGGAAGGAGCCCGUGGAGAUCAGCAUCCUGCCGGAUCAGAUUGACCGCAAGAGCAAAGACAUGAUCUCGUGGUUCCCUAUUUUCUUUCCGCUAAAGAAACCGCUCUACUUCCCGCAGGACACGGAGCUCGAGGUCAGCAUGUGGCGGCAGACGGACGACACCAAGGUCUGGUACGAGUGGCUAAUAGAGGUGUACGCGUGGAUUGCGCCCAGCGCGCGGAUCAAGGUUGGCGCAACGGACUUGCACAGCAGCCGCAAGGUGGCCUGUUUGAUGUAG